CGCCGAUCGAGUCCAGCGUCACGCUCUUGUGCCACCACCAUCGCGCUCUACCCCCUCCGCCCUCCACCGCGAUGACCACCUCUGGCAGUAGUAGCACCACCUCAAGCACGGAAGGCCCCUCGAAAUCCCCUUCGGAUUCCUCAACAUCCGCGGUCACCCCUUCCUCCUCCAUCCAAAUCACCCACCGCUCCGACCGCUCACUCGCCACCCACAUCAUCCACACCUCCCUACGCACAUACCGCCCCAUCGGCCAGGCGUUCUCAAGGCCCGGCUCGCCUUACCCACCCGGCUCGCCCCGGCUCUCACCCAGCGCAUCCUGGACGGCCGGCUGCAAGCUCACCGAGCGCCACAUCGAGGGCAUCUACGUCUACGACCUUGUGCGCAGCGACGACGCAACGGAAGACAAGACCUCACCCGCCGACACGUCUCACCACACAUCGCCCCUCAUCGACCGGCGCAUCUACUUCAUCGCAGGCGGGAGCUGGCGACAGCCACCGACCAAGGAGCACUGGAAGUUCGUGUCCAAGCUAGCUCACGAGCUGCCGCGGACCGCCGUCUCCGUCAUCAGCGUCCCCCUCGCGCCAAGGGAGACGGCGCCGACAGUGUACCCGCGGCUGCUCGCGCUGUACGAGCGAGCCAUGGCGGACGCAGAAGCCAACGGCGAGCGCGUGAUCUGGGCGGGCGACAGCUCGGGCGGGAACAUCGUGCUGGCGCUGGUCGGCGAGGUGCUGCGCGUGGGCCGGAAGGGCGACACGAAGACCGCCAAGCGGCCGCUCCCCGCACCCGCCGCGCUGAUGCUCAUCUGCCCCAGCGUCGACGCGAAGCGCAACAACCCCGAGAUCGCGCGGAUACAGAAGGUGGACCCAGUGCUCGAUGCGGAGGAGUCGCAGCGACACGCGGCGGAGUGGGCGGGCGAGUGGGGGCUCGAGGACGAGCGGGUGAGCCCGGUGCUGAGCGACAAGGAGGACCACGUCGUGAAGCUGCUGCGGGAGCGGGGCGUGCAUGUACACGGCGUGACGGCGGGGCACGAUAUUCUUGGGCCGGAUGGGAUCAAGCUGAGGAAUAAGCUAGCGAAGGAGGGGGUGGAGGGGAAGUGGUUGGAGUGGGAUAAGAUGAUGCACUGUUUCUCGUUGGCCUGGUUUUACGGGCUACCGGAGAGUAAGGAGGCACUGCAGUGGAUAAAAGACGUACUGAGGGCGGAGUAG